AUGCCUCAAAACGAAUAUAUAGAGCAGCAUAUAAAACAACAUGGUAGAAGGUUUGAUCAUGAAGAAAGAAAAAGAAAAAGAAUAGCAAGAGAAGGUCAUAAAGUCGCAAAAGAUGCUCAAAAUUUGAAAGGUUGGAAGGCUAAACAAUUUGCUAAAAAGAGAUAUAGUGAAAAAGUAUCUAUGAAAAAGAAAAUUAAAGCUCAUCAAGAAAGUAAAGUUAAAGGUCCAUCAACUCCAAAAGAAGAUGAUGGUGAAGCAUUACCAACAUAUCUUUUAGAUCGUCAAACAAACAAUACAGCAAAGGCAUUAUCAUCAAGUAUUAAACAAAAAAGAUUAGAAAAAGCUGAUAAAUUCUCAGUCCCAUUACCCAAGGUAAGAGGUAUAUCAGAAGAAGAAAUGUUCAAAGUUAUAAAGACAGGUAAACAAAAGAACAAGAGUUGGAAAAGAAUGAUAACAAAACAUACAUUUGUUGGAGAAGGUUUUACUCGUAGACCCGUUAAAAUGGAAAGAAUUAUACGUCCUGCAGCAUUAAGACAGAAAAAGGCAAAUGUAACACAUCCAGAAUUAGGAGUUACUGUAUUUUUACCAAUAUUGGGAGUCAAGAAAAAUCCUCAAUCACCAAUGUAUACUCAAUUAGGUGUAUUAACAAAAGGUACCAUAAUAGAAGUAAAUGUUUCUGAAUUAGGUUUGGUAACAGCUGGUGGUAAAGUUGUUUGGGGUAAAUAUGCACAAAUAACAAAUGAACCAGAUAGAGAUGGUUGUGUGAAUGCGGUAUUAUUGGUAUAG